AUGGGCAAGCUUAAAGGAGCCUUAGCGAGGCUAAAGGCCACUGUCAAGACCUCGAAAAAGAAGGCUUCGAGCAGUCAUCAGCAACCAACCGCUCCCAAAAAUGUCUCGAAAGACUCGAAAGCUCCGAAAAAGAUCAUGCCUUACACGCUAGAAGACGAGAUCUUACUUGUAGGAGAAGGAAACUUUAGUUUCGCGAAUGCAUUAGCCCUGUUGUUGCAAUCUGGUGAAAACAUUACUGCUACGUGUUACGACUCGGAGGAGAUAUUGAAUCAAAAAUACGAUGACGCAAAAGCACACAUUGAAAGCUUGCUCUCAUUACAAGGGACAGUAAUGCACGGAGUCGACGCUACACAACUAUCCAAACACAAACGCCUAAAGCUAAAACGCUUUUCCAAAAUCAUCUUCAACUUCCCACAUACCGGUAGCGGGAUCAAAGACCAGGAGAUCAAUAUCCGGACAAACCAAAAGCUAUUGAAUGAUUUUUUUGUGACUGCCAAAGAACAUGUGUCCAUUCCAAAGACCAAGUUUGAGCAGCCUGGAGAGAUACAUGUUACGAUCAAAGAUGGUGAACCAUACGCAUCAUGGAAUAUACGAAAGAUUGCCAAUCAAUGUGGACUGCAAUGCCAGACGUCAUUCAAGUUCCAUCCUGAACUGUACGAUUCGUAUCGGCACAGGCGAACACUUGGAUAUCAGCAAGGUCUGUCAGAUGAUGACAACAACGAGGUCUCUUCUGCACGGACGUAUGUCUUUGUGAUUGCUCGUGAGCCUGAGAAUCCAAAGAAACGAAAGAAGGGAGGAGAUGAUAGUGAUAGUGACUAG